UUAUUCCACUGUGCGAGAAGGGUUUCUAAAUGCGGUGUCCCUCUUGCCAUCUUCGUCUCUGGGCUCGUCGUUCUCAUCCUCUGCAAAAUAAAAAUGAGCCUCUUUCGAAAUCCAUGCGAUCCCGUACUGGUCAUCUCGCUUGCUCUUUACCAUCUUCUUAAUCCUCUUCCUCUUUACAAUAACUAGAACGUUGUCCUCUUCCUUCGUCAACCUCUUUUUCUGGUACUUGUUUCGUCUUUAAUUUCUGUUAUGCUACUGUCAAGUCAGUGAUCACAUCUUUUCAACCUCUCCAACCCCUCUCUGUGUGUCAUCUUUUCUCAUCACCUACUUAUUUUUACCUCUUCUUCUUCCCCACCUCAUCAAAUCAUCAAUUUUAGGGUUUUGUUUUAUUUCUCCUGUAUUCAAUUUUUUUUUUUUAAUUCUUUCUCGAAUACCUUUCUGUCGAGUAUCUACCUUCUAGUCUUCAUUUUAUACCCCUGGCCUUGUUCAUUUCACUGUAGUUCUCUUUGAUCUCUUCUUUUCCGUCCACCUUCCAAUUUUCUCAGGCCCCUGGGAUCCCCAGCAUAUUUCUUCCGCAUUUUCUCUCUUUUAGCAUGUGGUUACGUGUCCAUCCACUCCUCCUUUACCUUUCUGCUUAGGGAAUCUCUAUCCUUAGCAAUCUCAAUACUGCUUCUGUAUUUACUGCUUUCCUUUGUGUCAUUCAUGGCGUACCACCAGAUCCAGGGUCAUACGCCCACGCCUGGAUCCAAUUCAAGUUCUGGAUUUCAAUCAAUAAGCUCCCCUUUUGGUGACACCACUUUUACCAAGGUAUUUGUUGGAGGAUUGGCGUGGGAGACCCAGAGCGAAACCAUGCGCCGAUACUUUGAGCAGUUUGGCGACAUUCUUGAAGCUGUUGUAAUCACUGAUAGGAAUACAGGCCGAUCCAAAGGCUAUGGUUUUGUGACUUUCCGGGAUCCUGAGGCUGCUAGAAGAGCCUGUGCCGAUCCAACUCCUGUCAUUGAUGGAAGGAGGGCCAAUUGUAACUUGGCUUCACUUGGACGACCGUGGCCUCCUCCACCAUUUGGACGGUUAAGGCCAGCUCCAGCUUACAUUGGAAAUUUGCCAACGUCCCGAGGUGCCUAUGUUGGAGGUUUUGGCUAUCAGCAACCACCUUCUUACAGCUAUCAACAAGGAUUGGUUUAUCCUCAUUAUGGGUAUACGACUUAUGGACCUGAAUUUGUAUAUCCACAGGGUUUGUACAACCCAUAUUUGGGCCAACAGUAUCUUCAGAUAUAUGGAGUGCCUGGUGCAGUGAAUAAUACUAUUUAUCCUUAUGGGCAGUUAGGUCAAGCUAUUCCCAGUAGUCAUGGUUAUGCAGGAAUGCAGGGCUAUCCUGUAACUGGUCAUCACAUUGUACCUUAUGGUGGAACCAAUGUUAAUACCCUGACUACUUCACCUAUGCCUACCAUUCAAGUACCAUAUCCCAGUGGAAUUGCUGCACCAAUGCCAGGACAACCACAAUUUAUUGUCCCUGCGCCUUCUCAGUUUAUGCAAGGCACUGGUCCUGACCAAGCAGCUGGGUGAGGGGGCGAUUAAGGUAUCCUUAGUUUGCAGCAGGACUAAGAGCAGUGGAUCUGCUACAUGUGUGGCGGGCUUCGAAUCUAGCCUUGCAAGUUAUAUAUAUUGCAUUCUAGAGGUUAUAUUUAGUCAUGCUCACCAUCAAGUUGGGUCGGAGGUGCUCCAGAUGGCGCAGAAGGAAACUGGAAGAUGCAGGCCGCAUUUCCAUUUGGACAUUUAUAUAAUGUAUUUAUACCCCGUGCUACUAGCGCUCAGGAAGAGUGGCAGUAGUAUUGGAUCAAUGGGUGCUGGGAUAGGUUUCCGGUAGCCAUGUAGAAAUAUGAUUAUUUUUCAGUCUUGUCCUGUGUUGAGUUUGUAGAUAGUUGUCCAUGUUUAUGAAUUGUGUGAUAAUGGACGGUCAAUUUCACUGAAUACGAUUUUUGUGUAUAGUAGUUCACAGAGUGUCUACCAGAAGUUUGGGGUGUAAUUUUAUAUUUGUAAGAAUCUGCCUUGAACUUAGGGUAGUAUAAUUGGGAUUUUUCAUUAGAAAAGAUUGAUGUUGUUUCUCAUGCAGGUGUGGUAGUUGGGCGCCUAGUUUUCAAAGCUAGGUUCAGACCAUAAAGGUGCAGGAAAGGGGGUCCGGUGUCUUUGCCGAUUUGAUAAAAGGACAUUUUCACACGUGGUUUGGGCAAAUAUGAUUUGGAAUAUGCAUUAAUUUUGUAAUGAAUAUUGGUGAGCAUUUCGUGAAAGAGUCCUCUGGUGUUAAAUUAUUAAAAUUAGACUGUGUGUGUAUUAUUGAAGUCGGGAAAUUCAGUUGUACGAGUAUUAUUUUAUGCCAAUAAUCGUGUAAAAUAAUUGAAGAAUCACAGGAAUCCUGACUUUUUCUUCAA